AUGGAGCCCCAAGAUCAAGGCCCAAUUGAGACAGCUCACCAUGAGGUUGAGGAAAUUGAUCGAUUGGUGAACGAUUUCCUAGCUCGUCCGACCAGCACGUCAGGAAACGGCGGAGACGUUGUGUUUAAGGAUCUUUCUGUGAUAGGAGCAGGUGUUGGGUACCAACUUGUUAACAAUGUUCCUGAGGCGUGUAUUCGACUAGUAAAGCUUGCAAAUCCAGCUACCUGGUGGUCCCGCAAGCCUACUCCAUCUCGAGUCCUACUUCACAAGCUAACUGGCUCAAUUCGUGAGGGAGAGAUGAUGGCGGUGGUCGGGCGACCAGGCAGUGGUUGUACAACUCUUCUCAAAGCUCUAGCCAACAUGCGGGGCGAGUAUCUCGGUAUGGAGGGCGACGUCUGGUAUGGGCCGCUCGGUGCAGCGGAAGCAAAGAAAAAUAGACCCGAUCAAAUUGCAUUUGUCGGGGAAAAUGAUGUUCAUUUUCCGUCGUUGUCAGUAAGCACCACGCUUAGAUUUGCCCUCAAUGCCCGGCGCGGUACCGCACAACCAGAUCGCACAUCGAACCUCGAGCAAGACCUACAGACUGUGUUGGAGCUCAUGGGUCUCAGCCAUGCAGCUGAUGUACGUAUUGGAAGCGACCACAUUCGUGGAGUUAGUGGUGGACAGCGUCGUCGAGUAUCUCUCGCUGAGGCGUUUUGCACCCGUGCAAGUUUGUUUUGCUUUGAUAAUCCUACACGCGGUCUAGAUUCCUCAACUGCAAUCCGUUUCCUCACUGUUCUCCGGGAAUAUACGAGGCGCAGUGGAUGCUCAGCAGCAAUGUCUUUAUACCAGGCCAGCGACCUGGCUAUUUCCCUAUUUGACAAGGUAUUGGUGCUAAACGAGGGUCAUGUAGCAUACUAUGGCCCGGUUCCUUCUGCCAAAGAGUACUUCGAAUCGCUUGGAUUUUACUGCUCGCCACGGACUUCUGUAUCAGACUUCCUUGCAUCCAUGUCAGGCACUCCAGAUGGUCGAAUCCCCCGUAAUGAUCUUCAGCGCCCAGUCCCUCUUCAUCCAGUUGAUUUUGAAGCCCGGUUUUGGGAGAGCAGCUUCUAUCAGCAGUCAGUCGAGCAAGCCAAGGCGCCCGAGCCCACAUCGUUGACUAUUAAACCCACUGGAUACGCUCUUCCAUUUUAUCGUCAAAUCUACGAGUGCACUAUCCGUCAUUAUCGUAUCUUUAUGACUGACAGGGCGGCUUGGAUUGCCGAAGCUGCAGGAACUAUUGUGCAGGCUCUUCUUCUCGGAACCCUGUUUAGAAACCAACGCGCUGAAACUGAGGGGCUGUACACACGUGGCUCGGCCUUGUUUUUCUCUGUACUAAUUAUGGGUCUGCAAGCGUCCGCUGAGUUUGGAAAUACCUUCAUCCAACGCCCAAUUUUGUUGAAACAGAAGGCCCUACGAUUUUACCGUCCUGGGGCGUACGCGCUAGGGCAAAUUCUCGCCGAUGUCCCAUGGAAGCUGAUUUUUAUCCUCUAUUCCCUUCCAAUUUACUGGAUGAUUGGCUUCGAGCGCACGGCCAGUCAUUUCUUUACAUGGUUAGUUUGUCUGUACGUGGGCCUGAUGGCCCUUUGCGUGAUGUUCCGGGCGAUUGCGGUGUUUACAACCUCCAUCACUCGAGCCGUCCUGCCAGUCGGCUUGCUUCUUAAUGUGCUCAUUAUCUACACCGGCUUCUAUGUUACCCCGCCUGGUAUGAAGGUUUGGCUGGGAUGGAUCCGGUACCUUGAUCCAAUGUACUAUAUAUUUGAGUCCAUUGCCCUGAACGAGAUUGGAAGCAGCACAUAUCAAUGCAGCCCCCGAGAUACCGUACCCGAAGGAUUGUUGUACACGGAUACCACAUACCAGACAUGCGCGGUGUCAGGAUCCUUGCCCGGUCACCUGGACGUUUCCGGGAAGCUCUAUCUUCUGGCUGAAUAUGGCUUCAAGUCUCUUCAUAAGUGGCGGAAUGUCGGUAUCAAUGCUGCCUUCUUCGUCUUCUUUUCGCUUCUAGUCACAUUCGGAAUGGAGAGAUUUCGUCACGCGGCUGAACGCAUGUCAACUAUAUAUUAUCAAAAGCUGCCAUGGAAAAACACCUCAACACUCGAUUUGCCAGAUAUAGAGAACCCGCUGCCAACUGGCGAAAUCGCAAAAUCCGAGAAAACCUCGGAUAGCGAGUCGGUCGUCAACCAUCUUGAGCCGAAUAAACAUACAUGGCAAGAGUCGCCCGAGUUCAAGGCUACGCAGGAUAAUCUUCAACAUCUGCUUGAAAAGAAAGAUGUUGCAGCCUCUAUGGGCUCCGAUCGAGCUCAUGCCGCCUCUUAUCUUGAGCAACUGCGGGUGGUCACUCAACGUGCAUUCACCAAUUACUGGCGCGACUCAGACUAUGUGCUGGGGAAGAUCCAACUUAACAUCUGGAUGGGUCUGAUGAAUGGGCUGACCUUUUUGCAACUGUCUGACAAUCUGACAGACUCUCGCGGUCGUAUGUUCUCCAUCUUCGUGGGUGUCAUUACCGGGCCUGUCCUCAGUCUUCAGAUUGAGCCCAAGUUCAUCAUCCUGCGGGACCAGUUCCUAGCCCGGGAGCAUGAAUCGCACGUUUACCAUUGGAGUGUGUUUACAAUUAGUGCCCUGCUAGUAGAGAUCCCGUUCACUCUACUCGGAGGCCUGAUCUACUGGUUGCUUUGGUAUUACAUGGUGGGCUAUUUCACCAUCUCGACGCGCGCGGGCUAUGCGUUCCUCAUGUAUGAGCUUUACUCGCUCUUCGUGGCCAGUCUGGCCCAGUUUACCGCGGCCCUAUUCCCCACCGUUCUGGCCGCGCAAGUCGCCACUGGCUUCGUGUGGUUGGUGGUUAACACCUUCAACGGCCCGCUCUCGCCACCGCCCUUAACGCCGAGCGGCUGGCGCUGGUUCUACAACAUCUCACCACUGUUCUAUUUUAUCGAAGGCAUCGGUACUAAUGCUAUGCAUGCUCUGGCCAUCACCUGUCAAGACUCCGAGCUGAAUGUCUUCAACUCCCCAUCAUCGGAGAGCUGCGGCUCCUACGCCGGCGCGUACUUUGGCCAGGCUAAUUCGACAGGAUACCUGGUCGAUCCGAGCUCAACAGGACGAGUGGACGGGUUUUUGUGA